UGCGGCUCCGCGGGCCAGAGGGGCGCAUUAAGGCGCGCCGCCACCGCCAUGCGCCACGCCUUGGCUCCGCAGCGCUCCAGUGCCACCCCGCUCUCCACUUCGGCCGGGUCUUUCAAUAGAAGAAAGCGAAAUUCCCUCUAUGUCACCGUGAGUCUCCUCGUCGUCUCGCUCCUCAUUCUCACAGUGGGCCUUGCUGCGACCACACGGACCCAAAACGUGACCGUUGGGGGUUACUACCCAGGAGCUAUUCUGGGUUUUGGAUCAUUUCUUGGCAUUAUCGGAUCCAAUUUGAUAGAAAAUAAAAGACAGAUGCUGGUCGCCUCCAUUGUGUUCAUCAGUUUCGGCGUCAUUGCUGCCUUCUGCUGCGCGAUUGUGGAUGGCGUCUUUGCUGCCAGGCAUAUCGACUUGAGGCCACUUUACGCAGGACGUUGUCACUACUAUGCCAAAAGUCCAACUGAGCCCAAGACGGUUUGCCACCCUCAGCCCCGGAGUUCCUGCGUUCCCAAGAUCAGAACCAACACCUGCUUUUGUUGCGACUUAUACCACUGCGGGAGGAUGGAGAUUUCCGGCGGCUAUUAUGAAUUCAUCGAUGUCAACAGUUGCCAAGAUAUCGUCCACCUCUACCAUUUGCUGUGGUCGGCAACGGUGUUAAAUAUCUUGGGUUUGGUUCUAGGCAUCAUCACGGCAGCCGUCCUGGGUGGCUUUAAAGAUAUGCAUUCCAGCCUCUUUGCAACCUCCAGCCCAUCCGGCCUGCCAGAGGAUCCACUCUCGUUACCACCCUCGCCGAGUUUGGUCUGGUCCCCAACUGUGGCUCCACCUCGUUACUCCCCACCGUAUUUUCCACCUUCCGAAAAGCCGCCGCCUUAUUCGCCGUGAAGAGCGAGCAGAAGGGGAGAGGAUGCCGUCCCUUGAACUGUCAGCAAAACUUUUGUACUGGAACAAGCUAACUGGCACGCCAGACCUUUCCCCAGUUUCCUUUCUUUUCCGGGAGCCUUGUGGCCGUCACUCUUGAGCAGGUUUCUCCAAAUUUGACAACUUUUAAGAUGUGCUGACUUCCGACGCCCGUGGCUGGCUGGGGCAUUCUGGGAGUUGAAGUCCACAGACGUCUUAAAAGUUGUUGCCAAGUUUGGAGGUCCCUGCUUAAGGAUGAUCCAAAAUGCCCUGGAUCCUUGCUUGUUUUUAACGGCCGGAGAUUUAACCGUGGCCUGUUUUCUUUUUAAAGAAAAGUUGCAUUUUUUUUUUCAUGCUCUUUGAGCGAAUCGCUUGCUAAAAAUAGCCUUUGGUGAUCUGGGAACUAACUUCAGCUCAUCAAAAAUUGGACUUCUUGGUCCAACUGUCGGGUGGACCAUGUGUUCUGACCGAGGCUUCCUGAGAGCAUGAAGCAAACUCCUUGUCCCGACAAAACCCCCUUUUAUUAAU